AUGAGCGGAGACGAGAAGAAGAUGGACCUGUCAGAUAUCGCUGCUUCUCUUCCUUCAGGGGGAGCGGGGUUAACCGACGAAGCUCGCGCCGAAUUGGUCAGCUCUAUCCAGGACAAACUGGAAACCCUCAUGACGCAAAACUUCCUCGCCGGCCUCUCGCCAGCUGUCCGCACACGUGUCACGGCUCUACAGGAUAUCCAGAAAUCGCACGACGAGCUCAAGGAGAAGUUUCUGGAGGAGAAGGCGGCUCUGGAGGCCAAGUACCAGAAGCUGUACGAGCCGCUCUACAACCAGCGCUCUGAGAUUGUGGCGGGAGACAAGGAGCCGGAAGGCGCUGAGCCCCCUGCUGCUGAGGCCGGAGCCGAGGUGGAGAAGGGUGUGCCUGAGUUCUGGCUCACUGCCAUGAAGAACAAUGAGAUUCUGGCAGAGCAGAUCACAGCAAGGGACGAGCCUGCACUGAAGCACCUCAAGGACAUCCGGUGGUCGCAACUGGGGGAGGAGCUCAAGGGCUUCAAGCUGGAGUUCCAUUUCACCUCCAACCCGUACUUUAAGAAUGAGGUGCUCACCAAGUCUUACUUCAUGAUCGACGAGGAAGAGCCAAUUCUUGAGAAGGCCGAGGGCACGGAGAUUGAGUGGAACGCGGGCAAGAACCUGACGCAGAAGAUCAUGAAGAAGAAACCCAAGAAGGGUGCCAAGAGCAGCAAGCCCAUCACCAAGACAGAGCCCUGCGAGAGCUUCUUCAACUUCUUCAGCCCGCCCGCCGUGCCCACCGAGGAGGAGGAGCUUGAUGAGGAGGAGGCGGAGGAGCUCCAGGAGAUGAUGGAGCAGGACUACGAUGUGGGGUCUACCCUGAGGGAGAAGAUCAUUCCACAUGCCGUCUCCUGGUACACUGGCGAGGCUGCUGACCUGGAAGAUUUGGACGAUGACGAGGAUGACGAAGAUGACGAGGACGACGAGGAUGAUGACGAGGACGAGGAUGAUGAUGACGAGGACGACCACCCGAGGCCUGCUCGCGGAAGGGUGCGUUUUGAGUUACUCGCAGGUUUGGCGUUUCUCUUCUCAGUGGGCAUUGGCUUGCAGCUGCUGGGAUGUGUUCUCUACAACAACUGGUGGCCAAUGCUUUCAGCCCUCAUGUACCUGAUACUGCCCAUGCCAUGCCUCUUCUUUUCCACGGGUGAUUCGUCCGACUUCUUUCUCAUGGGCACCGAUAACGAGUGGCAAGAUGCAGCCAAGUUCCUCACCGGCUUCUCUUCGAUUGGCAGUGUUGCCAUUCCAUUCAUCCUGCACCACGGCCACCUCAUAACCCUCGGAGCCACGCUCUUCACCUUUGCGGCCUUCAUUGUGCUCAGCGGCACUCUAGUCCUCUUUAUUCGGGUCUCUAUGGAUGAUGGCCCCUCCUGGAGUGGGUAUUAG